AUGGCUGAAGCACCAAAUGAGGUUUCUUCUGGUUAUAACUCCACUAGGUUUGCCGAGAACAACAAGAAAGCUCUUGAAUUCAUCAAAGAAGUGACGAAAAAAGCCGACAAGGUUCAGAAAGGAGUGCUUGUAGAGAUCUUGUCUCAAAAUGCUAAUGUUGAGUACUUAUUGAGGCAUGGCCUUAAUGGUCACACUGAUAGAGAAACUUUCAAGAAAAUCAUUCCUGUGAUCACUUAUGAGGACAUUCUGCCUGAUAUCGCUCGUAUAGCUAAUGGUGAUAAAUCCCAAAUUCUUUGCUGCCAGCCCAUUUCUGAGUUCCUAACAAGCUCUAGCACCUCCGCGGGAGAGCGGAAAUUGAUACCUACAAUGGCGGAAGAGUUGGAGAGUAUUGGAUUCUUCAUCAUCAAAAAAGCAGCAGCAGGAUCGACUUCACAAGAAGCAGCAGCAUCGACUUCCCACACAUGGCCUCAGGAUUCUGCAGUUGAUCAAGUAGCACCCAAAGUUAGCCGUGUCUCAGGAGCACAUAUCAAUCCAUCUAGAAGGUGUGGCAAGCCAUGUCAGCAGUCCGCAGAUUUCAAAGUUCCUUGA